AUGUCGCUACAGGUCCCUGGGACAUCUGAUAAUGCGGCAGCACAUGAGGGGAAGAACCUGGAAGACUGGCAGAAAGAGCUUUACAAGAAAGUGAUAAAGGAGAAUUACAAAUCCUUAACUACUUUGGGUAAAGACUGUCCUGUUCCCAACAUCGAUAUCCGGCUGAGGGUAGUGCUGGGUGUCAAGGAGCAGCGGAGUUUUGAGGAAAGAGAAAUUCCUGCAAGUCUCAGCACAGGUCCCCCCUCCUUGUCUCCUCCUGUUCCCCUUGUCCCCCUUGUCCCCCCGUCCCGCACGGGGAGGCCCCGCCGAGCGCCCCGGGCCAGCAGCGUCCCGCGGGGGGAAGAAGCCUCUCCGCGGGGCCCCGGUGCCGCUCCCGGUGCCGCUCCCGGUGCCGGUGCCGGGCCGGUAGGCGGCAGUGCUCCUCGCUUCGCCGCUCCCCCCGCCCGCGCCCGCCAAGCACCGGCGAGGCGGAUGCAAUUCCCCGGCUGCCCCUGGCUCCUCGGCGGGGCGGCGGGGCCCGGCCCGCAGCGCGCAGCCACCGACAGCGGCCCCGGCAGCGGCCCCGGCAGCGGCCCCGGCCCCGGCGCGGCGGCGGGCGGCCCCGCGGCCCCGCUCGGCAGCGCGCUCUCCCCGCCGCGGCCCGGCCCCAGCCGCCGGGGCCCGGCCCAGCUCCGCGGGGCCAUGGCCGAGUGGGCGCCCGCCCAGGUGCAGGAGUGGAACGUGGAGCCCCCCCACCUGAUGCCGCUGCAGCCGCCGCUGCUGCCCGAGCGGGCGCACGUGCGGGAGGCGCAGCUGCACUCCGCCGAGGCCUCGCUCUGGACCGUGGUGGCCACGGUGCAGGCGAUGGAGAGGAAGAUCGACCUCCUGGCCACCCGCCUGCUCAGCCUGGAGGGCCGCUCCGGCACGGCCGAGAAGAAGCUCCUGGACUGCGAGAAAACCGCCAUGGAGUUCGGCAACCAGCUGGAGAGCAAGUGGGCCGUGCUGGGCACCCUCAUCCAGGAGUACGGGCUGCUGCAGCGGCGCCUGGAGAACGUGGAGAACCUGCUGAAGAACAGGAACUUCUGGGUGCUGCGCCUGCCCCCUGGCCCCCGGGGCGAGGUGCCCAAGGUGCCGGUGACGUUUGUUGACAUUGCCGUCUACUUCUCGGCGGAGGAGUGGAAGAAUUUGGAGGAGUGGCAGAAGGAGCUGUACAAUAACCUGGUGAAGGAGAACUAUGAGUCUUUGAUCUCCCUGGACGCAGCCCUGGCCAGGAGCGACGCGCAGCCCCGGCUGGAGCGCGGGGAGGUGCCCUGCGUCCCCGAGCAGAGGGACCUGGAGCCGCGGGAGCUGCCGGCGGACGCCUGCGCGGAGCCGCUGAUCUCCACCUCCGACAUCCUGUCCCGGAUCAAGCAGGAGGUGGCGUUCGUGGGGGAGCAGCAGUUCGGGGAGGACCGGGGGAUGCCCGCGGACCCCUGUGCAGGUGCUGACGCCUUGAUCACGGCGCACGACUUCUUGUCGUGGAUCAAGCAGGAGGAAGAGCCGUGCGUCAGGGAGCCCUGGGAGCUGCCGGAGAGGGAAAUCCUGACCGGUCCCGGCCCCGGUGAGCGAUGCCUGAGCCUGGGCUGGGGGGGGUUCUCAGCCCAGCAGGAACUGUGCGGCCUUUUUCCCCCUGCAGCCGGCGAGGGGCUGAUGGUGAAGACGGAGGAGCGGUGUCCCCGCGCCGAGCCCCCAGAGGAGGUGCUGCCGGGUGCCUCCGCGGAGCUGCUCUUCCCGGGCUCGGGCUUCGGGAGCCCCGAGGGACAGGCAGCGGUGGCCGGGGGAGCCCUGCCCGCACAGCACAGACUGGGCAAAGCCCUGGGUGCGGAGCCGGGGCCGGGGGCUGAGCCCGGGGGGGUCCCGGCUGCGGCGGCACCGUCCGAGGAGCGCCCUCACGGCUGCGCCGAGUGCGGGAAGAGCUUCAGCGGGAAGAAGAGCCUGCGGAUCCACCAGCGGAGCCACGCGGCCGAGCGCCCUUACCCCUGCGCCGAGUGCGGCAAGAGCUUCAACUGCCACUCGGGGCUGGUGCGGCACCAGAUGAUCCACCGCGGCGAGCGGCCCUACAAGUGCGCCGAGUGCGGCAAGUGCUACAGCCGCAAGGAGCACCUGCAGAACCACCAGCGGCUGCACACGGGCGAGCGGCCCUUCGUCUGCGCCGCCUGCGGCAAGAGCUUCAUCCGCAAGCAGAACCUGCUCAAGCACCAGCGCAUCCACACGGGCGAGCGGCCCUACCAGUGCCCGGCUUGCGGCCGCAGCUUCCGCUACAAGGAGUCCCUCAAGGACCACCAGCGCGUGCACGGGGCCGAAGCGGGACCCCCGCCGCUGCCACCCCCCGGAUUGCCCCCCGGGGACUAG